AUGUUGGAAAAUGAAGAGUAUCAAAAGAAGAUAGAGUACUUUGAAUCAGAGGCACAGAUCUUUGAUGAAAAGAUUAUAAAAGAGAAAUCGAAAAGAAUUAAAAGUCCAAAGUUAGAGGAUGAACCUUCAGUAGAAGAUAAAAAAUCAAGAUUACCAUCAUCAGAAGAGAUUUAUAAUCGAAUUAAAGUUUUGGAGUUGACACAAUCAAAGUAA